GGCUCUGUGGAGAGGAUUCCCCCGUUGAAAUGGAGCUUUCUAGCCCCAGAGAUCUGCACGUGUCAGGUUUAGGUGUUUCAAUGGAUAUGUGGAACUUCUUCUAUACUUGCCUGGUGUCCUUAUGGCUGCACAGAUAUUACAUCUAUUCUACUGCUGCUUUGGGGCUCAGCAUUUGGAUUGUCAUUCAGUUGACCACCACCAGAACCAAAAAGAAGGUAACUGGAGAUGGUGAAAAAUCCCAUGGGAAUCCUGCAGCUUCUGAAGAAGACAAACUAGUAAAUGGACAUGCCACCUUGCAGGCAAAAGAGAUCUAUGUUGCCGGGGUAAAGAUUUUCUAUGGGUCUCAGACUGGCACGGCAAAGAGAUUUGCCAAAAGUCUUGCUGAAGCAGUUGUUGCCCUUAAUUUGCCUGUGGAAGUCAUUAGCAUGGGAGACUGUGAUCCAGAUGAUUGUCUAUCAGAAGAGACAAGCAGCAGGAACAUCUGUGUGUUCUUGGUAGCUACAUACACAGAUGGACAGCCAACCGAGAGCGCAGCGUGGUUCUGCAAGUGGUUAGAAGAGGCUGCGAAUGAUUUCCGCUUUGGGAACAUGUACCUGAGAGGCCUGAGAUACGCUGUGUUUGGCUUGGGAAACUCAGUUUAUGUUGAUCAUUACAACACGGUUGGAAGAAAUAUUGACAGGUGGCUGUGGAUGCUCAGUGCCCGCCGUAUCAUGACUCGGGCCGAAGGGGACUGCAACGUGGCCCAGAGCAAGCAUGGCAGCAUCGAGGCUGACUUUGAAGCCUGGAAAGCCAAGUUCCUCAGUCGGCUCCAGAUGCUCUGCAGAGGAGAAAAGAAGCCCUGUAGUGGGAAGUGCAAGAAAGGGAAGUGCAAAUCUCUGGGGAAGCAGAGCAAGGAGAGCUCAGAACGUGAGCAGAGUGCGUCAGGAUAUGAGAAUACUGAGGCAGAUGAGUUGUUUGAAACCAGUAGCGAGGAGGAGGCUGAUGCUGAGGAAGCUGGAGGCACAAAUUCUGUUGUUGAUGUUGAAGAUCUUGGCAAUAUCAUGAGCCAGAUGAAGAAAGCAAAGAGAGAACGUGAGCUCGAGGAAGGAGAUGUUGGAAUGAGCUUGACUCAAGAGAACGCUGGGAGGAAGGAGGAGGGUGAAAGAGAGAUGGUAACCCCAGCUCUGAGAGAAGCGCUCACAAAACAAGGUUACAAACUGAUUGGAAGCCAUUCUGGGGUGAAGCUCUGCCGAUGGACGAAGUCGAUGCUUCGAGGCCGAGGAGGCUGCUACAAACACACGUUUUAUGGAAUUGAGAGCCAUCGCUGCAUGGAGGCCACGCCGAGCCUGGCUUGUGCAAACAAAUGCGUCUUUUGCUGGAGACAUCAUACAAAUCCAGUGGGCACAGAGUGGCGAUGGAAGAUGGACCAACCUGAAAUGAUCUUGCAGGAGGCUAUUGCGAACCAUCAGAAUAUGAUCAAGCAGUUCAAAGGUGUCUCAGGAGUAAAAGCAGCUCGCUUUGAGGAAGCCAUGACAGCAAAGCACUGCGCGCUGUCGCUGGUGGGAGAGCCCAUCAUGUAUCCCGAGAUCAACCGCUUUGUGAAGCUGCUGCACCAGCACAGCAUCUCUAGUUUCCUGGUUACAAAUGCACAGUUCCCAGAUGAGAUUAGGAACCUUGAGCCAGUAACACAGCUGUAUGUCAGCGUAGAUGCCAGCACCAAAGAGAGCUUGAAGAGAAUUGAUCGACCCCUCUUCAAGGAUUUCUGGCAGAGGUUUCUGGACAGUUUAAAGGCCUUGUCUGAAAAGCAACAGCGCACAGUUUAUAGGCUGACACUGGUGAAAGCUUGGAAUGUGGAUGAUCUCAAAGCCUAUGCUGACCUGAUAUCCCUCGGUAAACCAGACUUCAUUGAGGUCAAGGGCAUGACGUACUGCGGCGAAAGCUCGGCCAGCAGCCUCACCAUGGCCAACAUCCCCUGGCACGAGGAGGUGGUGCUCUUCGUCCAGGAGCUGGCAGACCUCAUCCCCGACUAUGAAAUCGCGUGUGAGCACGAACACUCAAACUGCCUCCUGAUAGCUCACAAAAAGUUCAAGAUCAAUGGUGAGUGGUGCACCUGGAUCAACUACGAGCGCUUCCAGGAGCUGGUGCAAGAGCAUGAGAGGAGCGGCGGGUCCAAGACUUUCACAGCAGCUGAUUACACAGCCAGAACUCCUCGCUGGGCUCUGUUUGGGUCCAGAGAAAGGGGAUUCGAUCCCUUGGACGUGAGAUACCAGCGGAAGAACAAAGCGAGAGACGUCUCUGGGUGCUGAGGUUAGGUUGGGGCUGGCCAGACUCUGCCUGGCUGGCUGCUGAGUUUUGGUCUCUGUUUCUAGGCUAACACCAAUUUUGAAUCUAUUUACUUAUUUUUUUUCUGACGUUUGAUAUUAAGGAGGAGGGUAAAGCCUUUAUUUAAAGUUUUAGGGCUUCUUGAAUGAAAAUAUUUAUAAUGCUCUUUAUCUCAAGAUAAAUCACAAGUGGUGCAUGCCAGCACUUUAUCGUCACUGGCAGUGUGAUGAGGGGAGGCAGUGGCUGUGGCCUCCACAGUGUUUGGAGUUGAUUGUGGAGGAGGAGCGUUUAUUUGACUUCUGUGCCCUGCUGCGAGGAGAGCCCAGCGAGUGCUGGCACCCAACUCAGCAGCAAAACGUUCCGUGUCUGUAAGGAUAAGUGCCAAGGGGAUUUCAACACCACAAGCUGGUUGGAUCUGUGCAGGUGGGAUGGCAGACAGAUCUGUAUGUAAAAGCCUGAGCCCCACUGGAAGUAUUAUUGUACAGACAGUAACAAAGAUUUAUGUAUUUUAAACACUGGUGCCAGUUCCUGUAAAGACCCAGUCUCAUCCCCAAGAAGCUGAAGCUUGGGAACUGUAUAAGUAACAGCACCCCUAUUAAUAUCAUCUGCAACUUCUGAUCUCCCCAGCUGUCUUCCAAUUUCAUGGGUUUGGCCAUGAAUAUUUUCAGAGUAGUUUUAUCCCACUCCCCGGCAGCCCCAAACAACGGGGCUUCAGUUCACCCCUGCUGACCUGGAGGACGUGCUGUGGGAGCCAGCAGGCCUGGCCAGCAGCAGGCGGCCUCUGAGCUCCACCCGGGCAAGUCAGCAGUGCUGCUGCCGCUUUGGGUGGGGGUCAUCUGAUCUAAAUGAAAACUGAGUCCGGCUGCAGUCUCUUGUGUCAAGAAACCAACUCUUGUAGUUUGGAGAGGUGACGUCUGGGCACGAGGUCCAGUGACACGUCCCUGGUGUUGCUCUCGGAGACCCUGGGCUGUGCCUGGCACUCUGCUGGACGGUGCUGAGCCUGGCUGGGAAGGUGCAUUUAAACGAGAGGGGGUGGGUCGGUUUUUGCUGGGAAAAUCCCGACUUUCAUGUGUGAAGACCUUUCCCUGUCUGUUUAUGCAAGAUCCGUGUUGGUUGCAGUCCCCGAGGAGUUGCAGAGGGUCAGUGUGCGAACGCCCGCGGCAAACCCCCGUGGCUGGCUGUGCCUUCACUUGCCAGAUGGCUGAACUGGGCUACAACCCUCCCACACCCCUGCCGAUGGCUUCCACCCUCGGGCAGCCCCCGGGGCCGCCUCCCUCCCUGCGGCCCUUGGGGUGAAUGGACUCGGUGCGGGAGCGGGGAGGACAACAGGGCUUCUCCAUCUGCUGCGUGGUGGCCUGACCUGCUCCGGCUAAAGCCCUUUGGCUUGAACCAGCUGCACAAACAGCUUUACUGUAGACCCAGAGGUGUCAGCCAGUGCAGGGGAAGAAAACACACUCAUGCUCGAGCGUUUUUGUUUUCCUGUUGAACUCCAGGAGCGCAGAUCAGAGGCGUUCACAGCGCUUCCACCUUAACAGUGAGGUCCAUAAGCCUGAGAUUCCCAGUGCCCAUGGUGCUGUAGAUGGUGAGCUUUCCUGACAUUGUGAUUUUAUUUCUUUUUUAAAAAAACAUAAUUUCUUAAAACUGUAAAAAGUAUUUUUAAGAAGAAAGAAAAUAAAGUAAUUUUUC